CCUAUGAAGCCGCAGAGGACUGAUGUAAGCCGGGGGCGGGCAGAGGACUGAUAAAUUGGCGGGGGCGCGCAGAGGACCGGCACUUCGCUGCAGCCGCCCGGUACGCGCGCAUCACGAGACAAUGGAUGCCUCCCGACUUGUGCUUCUCGUCUUCGUGGUGGGGGCUGCGUCUAAGCCUUCAGGGUCGGCCAUCCAGUGCCUUGUUGAGGAUGAGGAGACGUACUCCCUCUCUGAAGGGGAGGCGUUGUACUUUGUGCCCUACUUGCUAAAAUACCCUCAAGUCCCUCAAGAACAGAAUAUCACCUGGACCAGGAAGACCAGCAACAAUGAGGAAGAGGAGGAUAUCCCUACCGAGGAAAACCAGAGCUUGUACAGCGACGGCAAGGCGCUCUUCCUCUUCAGCGCCCGGCUGAAUGACUCAGGCUUGUACACCGCCAUGAAUAGCGGUUCAUGCGGACAUUGUUUCUUGUAUGUUGUGAAAAUUACGGUUUUCAAAAAGAGCAAUGAGACGGUCAAAGAGCUCUUCUACGGAUCAAUAGGGAACUCUAAUGUCAACAAAGAAAUCAAGUGUCCAGAGCCGGUCCAAUUCACCUGUGACCAACUGAGAGGCAACUUAAGCUGGUGGAAGGAUUUCAAGUCCAUGAAAGGCGAACACCGUGACCACCUGUGGACCACAGCAGACGAGGGCGUGUUCACGUGCGUCUGUAGCUGGACGCACGGCGGCGUGGAGUACCAGUCGCUGGGCUUCAUGAGGCUACAGCGUACUGAACCGAAACAGCACCGAAACCCAGAGAUCAUCGAUCCAGCCAACGAGCAGCAGUUUGCUGAGGAAGGUGUUGGGAUCAAGCUGAAAUGCUCCGUUCUCUGUGGGACGAACGUGAACCAUUGUGACUGCAUAGCGAGCUGGCAUCCUGGAGGCGUCUCUCCGUCCCGGGUCGCCGAAUACGAUCAGAACACGAAAACAUUCACGCAGGACUCUGCGAACAACACCAUCUCCACUGCCGUCCUGAUCAUCGACAAAGUGUCCGCUGAGGACUUCAAUGCUGUGUUUGAGUGCAGAGGAGCCGCCCUGUUCAAAACGGCAAAGGCCACUUUGACCCUGAAGCAAAGAGAGUCCGUGAUCCCGCUGGUGGUCAUGGGGGUGUGCGUGUUGUUCCUCUUCGUCUUUGCCGCCGCGUUGGUCAAGUGGUUUGCCCUCGACCUCGCUCUCUUCUUCAGACCUUGUUUCCAGUGUAGCCGUUGGAACAAAGAUGGGAGAAUGUUUGACGCCUACGUGGUCUACCAGGCGCAGAGCCAGGACAAGGUCACCGAAGACACACUCACACAGUUCAUCGCCAAGAUUCUGCCCUCCGUCCUGGAGGAAAAGUGCGGGUAUCGACUCUUCAUCCACGGGAGGGAUGACAUACCUGGGGAAGACCGCCUGGAGGUGGUGGAGGACCGCAUGAAGCAGAGCAGGAGGCUGAUGGUCAUCCUUCCCCCGGGUUCAGAAUCAGAGUCGAAGAGGCCGGACCGGCAUGCCGUCUCUGCGGUGAUCGGAGGCUAUGACUGGCAGGUGGGGCUCCACCACGCGCUGCUGCAGAGAGAAAUGAGUGUGAUUCUGAUCCAGCUGGGGGACGUGGGACCACAAGGAUACUCGCACCUUCCCGCCGGCCUGCAGCACCUGAUUCUUAAAAGCGCCCCCAUCAGGUGGCGCGAGGACGUGCCGGAGGCCGACUCCCGGAACUCCCACUUUUGGAAGAGGGUGAGAUACCUGAUGCCAGCCACACCUGCAAAACGAUGUCCACCAUCCGAUAUGAUUUGAACCCUGGUGGUUCCCUCUGGCCUUCCUGGAGUGAUGCAAGAGGAGCAUGUGCAAAGAGGCAGCUGACAAGUCAAUGUUUCUUUUUUUAAAUUCCGCUAAUACAGUUGUUUAUUUACUAUGGAUCAAAAAGUGUAAGACUAUAAUUAUAAUUAAUGGGAGAAGCUUGUGUAGCUGCCAUCAGACAAAGACAUUUUCUUUAAAAUGGGCUUUUAGAGAUGCAAGACCUUUAGAGAUGUAAGGCCUUUAGAGAUAUAUGAAUGAAAGAAUGAAUUUAUUCACACACACAAUACCACAUGAAACAUAAUACAGCUGGGGGGGUACAAGAUUAAUUGGGGAGGGUGAAUGGGUCCCCCAAAGAAGCUAAAGAGAAGCUUAUGGGUGGCGGCCCAUGAUUCAAUUAAAAGUGGUAGCACAAAACUGUAAAGUACACAAUUACCAAAAAUAAUAAUGUUGACGAGAGAAACACCAGUACUUACAAAACAUGACAUACACAUACAAUCAUACAUCCGAGUAGUCCAUGAAAAAACAGUUUUAUAUUAGAUGUAGGUUGAUAAGAAAUAUUUUUUUAGUUGUCUUUUAAAGUUGGAGAUAUAAGUCAACACCUUGAGGCCAUUAUGGGAUGCGUUUAGCUCAGUCAGUCUUAGUAACUCAAGACGGUGGAGGUUUAGUGGGGGAAUUUAUCUCUGACCAGGACUGAGCCCGUAUGACUUUUUCUUUUGCAAGGAUAUACGUUUUUUGAGAUGGCUGGUGAAAGUGUUGUGACACCCUGACGCAAUAGUUAAGGUGUGGUUCGAAGAGAGUUUUAUAUAAAGUGAGGAGUGCAGACCGAGGUAGAAAAUGUCUGAUCUUAUAAAACAAGCCAACAUACUUAGACAAUUUAUUUACAAGAUAGUCAAUAUGACAUUUAAAGCUAAGAGUCGUCAAUGCAUACAUGCAUGAAUACACUCUUUUUAUCUCCUGGAAAGAAGUGAUAUUGGCCGAUAAUUGUUCAUAUUAUUUCUGUCACCCGAUUAAAAAAUUUGAAUUAUUUUAGCAGUUUUUGUAAUUUUUGGCAAUGUAGAUGUAGGGCCUUUGGAGAUGUAAGGCCUUUAGAGAUGUAAUGCAUUUAGAGAUGUAGGGCCUUUAGAGAUGUAAGGCCUUAAAGAUGUAAGGUCUUUAGAGAUGUAGGGCCUUUGGAGAUGUAAGGCCUUUAGAGAUGUAAUGCAUUUAGAGAUGUAAGGCCUUUGGAGAUGUAAGGACCUGCUGCAGGUGAGGAGGGCAAGGAGAACCUUUAUUGUAAAAUAUGUUACUGAGGAAGUGCUGCAACUGCUAGAGAUCUAUUUACUCUACUGAAAAACCGAUAAAAGAAAUAUAUUUUUUUAUUCUGUGUCGCUUGUUAUUUCUCAAAAUACUCCUUCUGGUCAAAUAGAAAUAAAAUAAAAUUAUAACCCAAUACCUGUAAAUGUUUGAAUGUAUAUCUGCUUUUUUUUCUAAAUAAAAGAAAUUGAUUAGAAAAAUGCCA